AAGCCCUGGAUUGCAAGCCUGAUAAAUUCAAUUGGUCAGAGUUGACAGGAAGUAUAAAUCUGGUGUGGGAGAGGCUAAAGACUGAGAACAAAAGGGCACCUUAUGCUGAAGCCUGCUUGAGUAUUUUGCUCAUUUAAUAAACAAGGAGCGUGGCCAAUUCUCUCACUACCCUUUAAUAAAGCCAAACACCAUCAGUUCUACAGGGCUGCAGUUCUCACAACUGCUUUCAAGCUGCUGUUGAUGACUCUUGCUCACUGUCUGAAAAAAGAGAUGGCACAAAUGGGAUUUCUGAUUUUCCUCCUUGUUACCAUCCUUUUGCUGGAUCAAACAACUGGCCAGUCUGUCCAUUCCAAAGCCAGAAAACACAGCAAACGGAGGGUUAAAGAGAAAGACGGUGACCUAAAGAGUCAAAUUAGCAAGCUUUGGCAAGAGGUAAACUCCCUGAAGGAAAUGCAAGCACUGCAGACAGUCUGUCUUCGUGGAACAAAGGUCCAUAAAAAAUGCUACUUGGCAUCCGAUGGUGCAAAACAUUUCCAUGAAGCAAACGAAGACUGCAUAGCCAAGGGAGGGACUCUUGCUAUCCCCAGAGACGGCGAUGAAACCAACGCUCUCCGAGAGUACAGCAAGAAGAGCUUGUCAGGUGUGGCAGAUUUUUGGCUGGGUGUCACUGACAUGGUAAACGAAGGGAAAUUUGUUGAUGUCAAUGGAAUGGUCCUCAACUACUUCAACUGGGACCGGUCACAACCCAAUGGAGGAAAACGGGAAAAUUGUGUCUUGUUUUCACAGUCAGCUCAAGGAAAGUGGGUGGAUGAAGUCUGCCGUACUGUCAAACGAUAUAUUUGUGAAUUCCUGAUCCCUUAAUCACAGCUAGGUCUGCUUCCUUCUUUCACUUUUGAAACACAUAUAUGGUAGGGAUGACAGUUUGCAGUCAUCACCAAGCUUCACAACAAAUCCAGAGUCAGAGACCACACUUUCAGGUAAUUAGUUUUGUAUGGGGCAGUCAAAAUAGCCUUUAGUCGUGAUGGAUUGUUGAGUUCAAGUGUAUACCUCUUGAUAAUCCUUCCUGUUUACUAAAACUGCAAACCUCUCUUUUAAAGCAGAUACUUCCUCUAUUAAUUAAUUUUCC